UGAGGCCACUGCUGCGUAGUAUAACGGUGCCUGCUGCUCCAGCUUUUAGGUAAGUCGUUCAACAAGCACCAUGGAUUGCACACCACCACGAGACACCCAAGAAUAUUGGAACUAUAUGUGGAAGGAAAGACAGUCGAUGUGGCAGAAGGAAGGCGUGACCAAACUUUUGAGUGACAACAAAGAAGUUAUUAUCGCGGGAAAAUCGCGUGCUCGUGUGUUCAUACCCCUCUGCGGAAAAGCACCAGAACUGAAGUGGUUUUAUGACCUGGGGCACACCGUCAUUGGUGUGGAAUUUGUGGAAGAGUGCGUGCGCAGCUUUUUCCCCGAGAAUGGGCUGGAAUUGGAAGAGACAACUUGUCCCAUUAUUAACUGCAAAAUAUUCAGGACCGCAGAUCAUCGGCUGCAAGUGUUUAUCUGCGACAUUUUUGACUUUAAAAGUGACUGUAUUGAAGCUGUGGACAUUGUUUGGGACAGAUCUGGAUUUACAGCCGUGAGACUCGAGGACCGUGCCAGAUAUGCUGCGGUAGUGAAGAAACUGCUGGCCCCUGACUUCUCAUACGGCAUGUGGACGGUCGUUUAUGAUUCGCACGGUACGGCUGACAUGAUUGGGCCUCGAAGCGCCGGAGAGUCUGCCAUCCGGGAAUGUUUCGGGGAUACGGCUGCGAAGAUUGCACUGGUGGAUAGUCACGUUGCAGAGAGGACAGGGUCCGCACGGGGGUGCGCACCAUACACUUUCUGUCUGUGGCACAUGACUGCGCCAACGCCAUGAAAGUGUAGAGUUUUUCACAUACAUUCUGUUUCACCACAACUGCAGUGCUCAUACAGCACCGUGUUUUGAGAAAUAUUGUCCGCAUUCUGUGUACAGUCAGCGAUCCAAACUUUAGUCGCAUAAUAAACGUUAUUUAGGUAUCUUGAA